AUGACAUCUAAGAGUUCCAUGCUGUUAAAUUCAGUUUAUUGUGGAACCUGUUCACAGAAAUCAUCCAUAAAAGCACUGCUAUCCAGAUGCACGGAGAACGCGUCGAAUGCCCCUGGCCUGCCUAAACACUGCUUAGGUCAUCACAUGUGCAAGCCCGGCAUCCCGAGUGUCCGCCGUGUGCCAGCUGCUGUCAUUAAGAACCAGGAAGCACCGUUCCUCCUGGGAUGCCGUCAGACACUCUAUGUGACUGCAGCUGUCAGCCCAGCGCUGCGGCUUCCUGCUUCAUGGCUUCAGGGGCUUACUCUGGCUCUGCGAAGACCAGCAUCACUGAAAGAGCCCGGCACCUUGGACACACAGCCCGCCUGCCUUGCUCUGGGCAGCUGGUUCCAACACUUGGCAGAUGGAUACAGAUUGUGA